AUGGCUGGGACAGGCGUGGACGUGGCGCUGUAUCCGAUCGACACGAUCAAGACGAGGCUGCAGAGCAAGGAGGGCUUCCGGGCGGCGGGCGGGUUCUCGGGGGUGUACCGCGGGCUAUCGUCGGCGGUCAUCGGGUCUGCGCCGGGCGCCGCGCUGUUCUUCACCACGUACGAGACGGCAAAAAGCCAUCUUACGCCGCUGCUAGGCGGCGGGCCAGUGACCCACAUGACGGCAGCAUCGCUGGGCGAAGUGGCAGCGUGCUGCGUCCGGGUCCCUACCGAGGUGAUGAAGCAGCGGCUGCAGACGCGGCAGUACGAUCGACUGGUCGACGCUGCGCGGGCUGCGUGGAAGGCCGAGGGCAUCCGCGCCUUUUUCCGCGGCUACGGCACAACGGUCAUGCGCGAGAUCCCGUUUGCCUUUAUCCAGUUUCCGCUCUACGAGGCGUUCAAGGUCCGGCUCGCCGCCGUGGGCGACCGGUCCGCGCCGUCGUCAGUUGAGGCAGCAGCAUGCGGCUCUGUGGCCGGUGGCAUUGCCGCUGCUAUCACCACCCCGCUUGACGUGGCCAAGACCCGCAUUAUGCUCGCCGAGGCGUCCGCGGCUGGCCCUCCGUCGACGAUAUCAACCAUCCGUACCAUUGCCCGCGACGAGGGCGCCCGUGCCCUCUUUGCCGGCAUCCAGCCGCGGGUCAUGUGGAUCUCUAUCGGCGGCUUUGUCUUCUUUGGCAUCUACGAGGCCGCCAAGCGGAUGCUCAUGCGUGUUGCUGACAGUGAGGAUGACGAGUAACAUGGCCCCUCCCCCG